CAAUCAUAUACAGUUUCUGCCAUUGCCAUUGAGCAUUGAAGUUCCACUAAUACACAAUGGCCAAAGAAAUCAAGGAGAAGAAGGAGAAGAAGGAAAAGAAGGACAAGAAGGAAAAGCGCGCCGAGACCGAGGGUGUGUCAAAGAGCAAGAAGGAGAAGAAGGACAAGAAGAAGGUUACUGCCGAGCUCGAGGAUGCGCUCAUGACAGGUGUUGAAGAAGCGACCGAGGUGUCGCUCAUCCAGGCGGACAACGGCGACGGCGACGAGGAGCCGCGAGGCGCGCUUGUGCCUUUCGCAUUCCCGCUGUCGGACGAUGCGAAGGAGGUCAAGAAGAUCCUGAAGACGGUCAAGAAAUCCGCCAAGACCAAGACGCUCCGCCGCGGUGUAAAAGAAGUCGUCAAGGCGCUCCGCAAGUCAGGCCCCGCGACAAGCGGCUCCGACUCUUCGUCUAUUGUCGUCAUCGCCGCCGACAUCUCACCCAUGGAUGUCAUCUCGCACAUCCCCGUUCUCUGCGAAGACCACAACGUGCCCUACAUCUACAUCAAGUCGCGCGCGGCGCUCGGCGAGGCCAGCGCCACCAAGAGGCCCACCAGCGUCGUCAUGAUCGGCAAGGACAGGACGAGCAAGAAGAGCAAGGACGUCAAGGACGACGACGCGAAAGAAUUCGACGAGGCAUACGCCGAGCUGCACAAGCUCGUCACCAAGGCGGCGAAGACGGUGCGCAAAUAGGCUGCCCGAUGAGCUACUUUGUCCAAAUUAUGUAUGCCUGUAUGUUGGAUUUCUACCGUGCAAAAGGGAAUGGGGAGUCUGGCGUUUUCGUGUCUGUUUGCGCAUCGUGUCGCAUACGGAUUCACAUUUUCUGUUUAGCUGAAAUGGGCGGUUGGGGACGCCUCUGUGCGUCUGUUUGAUCAAACGUCAAUGUCAAUGUCAAUGCCGAUCCAGAGGGGCUGCAAUGAGAAAAUUUCAAAAAACACUUGCUCUUUCUUUCUUCUGUUGAUGUGCUCACGAUGUCGCAGGUUUAUAUAGAUGUUAUAUUUGUAAAUGUUCACGUCUUUUAGCUUUUAAACUAAGCUACACGUCAAUACCAAAGACAUAUUGUUUAGUUCUCAUUCUCCACUUCCUCAAAGGGAAACAAGUGCGUAUGCGUAUCGGUA